GUGCGAUCCCCGGAUAUUUAAUCACCGGCGAGAGUGAUUGACGAUCUUAUGGCAGCCGCUGCGAGUGUGUUCUUGCGAUUUCCCGGUGGCGUGUGGGAUCAUCCCAGAUCAACAUCUAGAUCUUCGCCAAGAUCGUCGUUCCUAUGGCCGCUCAAGGGAGCAACAAGAGCUUUCCGGAAUUUGAUCGCAAAGACAUCCAGGGUUUCGAGUGGCAGCCGCGUGAAUUGCAUGCAGAUUGUUUGCCCGCUCUCCAAUUCCCGGUUCGAAACGCUCUCGUAUUUGCCCCCUUUGUCACCCGACAACGUUGCCAGAGAGAUCGACUACAUGCUGAGCAAGAACUGGAUUCCCUGCCUCGAAUUCGAUCACGUUGGGGCGAUUAGCCGUGAGAACUCGCGAGAACCUGGUUACUACGACGGUCGCUACUGGACUCUUUGGAAGCUCCCAAUGUUUGGCUGCAGUGAUCCAGCUCAAGUUUUAAGGGAAAUCGAGGAGUGCAAAUCCAUGUAUCCCAAUGCCUACAUUAGGGUUCUUGGAUUUGACAACAUCAAGCAAGUCCAGUGCAUCAGCUUCAUCGUCCAAAAGCCAUCGAAGAAGCAGUCCGAGUAAAAAACGAUAUAUAAUAAAAUGGAGGCGCGGGGUAUCGAACCCCGUACCUUUCGCGUGCAAGGCGAAUGCUCUACCAAUUGAGCUCCGCCCCCGGCCAAUGGUAGAAGCAUAUGCCUGGUAGCCGCCGAACUAUGGCCAAUCAAAACUUCUUUUUUAAUUUGAUGGUAAACUCCGCCAACCUUUUAGCCAAUCAAAA